UCGUGACGACAUUGAUGAUGAAGAGAGCAUAGAUGAUGAUGAAAAUGAACAUAUGAAAGGAAGACCAGCUUAGAUUUAUGUGGAACAUCUUGUUCAUUUCAAUACCUCAUGAAAAAAAAUUUUGCAGGAAGUAAGCAAAUUUGAUAAAAGUAAAAUGAAAAGAAAUUCAAAAUUACUUGUAUUCGGUUUUAAUCAUUGAAAUAUUAAAUACUUUUUGCAUUGAGCUUCCUUUUUUGAAAAAAAAGUUGUUUAAUCACAAUUGAAAUAGUCACUAUUUUUCUUUAGCAAUUGGUCCAAUAAUUGUAAAGGUCGAUGAAGUUGUAACUCAACCCAGCAUGGAGUUUCUUUAAUUGAAGAACGACUAUACCCUGAGCCCCAACCUUUCACGAUAUUAAAAUAUUCAGUUGAAAUUGUCAAGUUGAAAUUGUUCUGCAAUGGAUAACAUCAAAAGCAAAAAUAAACAACUGAGUAUCAUGAAGAACCAAAAAUUAUACACUGACGGAGAAUAAAAUUAGAAGAGAUUUGGAUUAUUUGAAUUAAAUUAUAAGGUUUAAUGAUAGUUUAUCCUCGUUCAAGAAUCUUCAAACCAUAGGACCAUUUAACUUCCAUAUAGGAUCGACGAAGACGGAUUUAUGUGACAGACACUCCAAAUAAACACUUCCAUCUCGCUGAGCUGAUAUUCGUACACCUUUUCCAAUAUGCAACCUACAAUGUCUGGUAAAAUUUUGUGAAUAUAAAAUGUAAAAAAUUAAUUAAUUAUUACCUAGCUCUUUCAGAUGCUUCGCAUCGAUGAACAUUGGGCAAAGCACCCAAACAAAAACGACCAAGUUUCGCACCAGCUGGAUCAACUCCGCCAUCAAUAGUAAUCUGAAG